CAGUCACACACACAGUAACAUGUGUGUAGCAUGCAGAAGGUGGAUUGCUUCACGGUGAACUGUGAGCCACUGAAGGCCACGAUUGAUGAUUUGAUCCAGAGACUAUUUGCCACAAUGCUGACAGCUCUGAGGAGAUCCAUCCAGGGUCAUAUACAUGCCAUAGACUCCUUUGUUAACAGUGGGAUGGUUAUGUUAUCUACACGACCAGAGAGCAUAGAGGAGAUCGGAGACGCCAACUCCAAACACAGCCAACUCCAGGCCCAGAAAGCCGAGUUGUAG